ACUACUCGAUUAAUCCAUCUCUUUCCGCAAACUUCUUCAUCUCUCUAACUCCAACAUAACAAACCACCUUCAACCAAACACCAUAUCCAUGGAGAUUUCGACACCUCUUCCUCGCCUAAUCACCGUAUUGGUGGCCGCCACCAUCCUCUUGGCCGUGCCUGUAUACGGGCAGAUAAGUACUCCAUGCAAUGCUUCAAUGCUUUCCAGCUUCACACCGUGCAUGAAUUUCCUCACAAAUAGUAGCUCCAAUGGAACAUCACCAUCUGCUGAUUGCUGCAACUCACUCAAAUCAGCCACAGGCUCAGGCAUGGACUGUUUGUGCCUGCUUUUCACCGGCAAUGUUCCUUUCCAAUUACCCAUCAACCGUUCCCUCGCCAUUUCUCUUCCUCGUGCUUGCAACAUGCCUGGUGUCCCUGUCCAAUGUAAAGCAAGUGGUGCACCUAUUCCUGCUCCAGGUCCUGCUUCACUAGAGCCAACUCCUUCACCUGGGGAUUCACCAUCUGGCUCUUCUGUUCCUGAAGAACCCAAUUCACCUUCUCUUGCUCCAACAUCUGAUACCACACCAACUUUGACUCCACCAUCAGGGACUGGUUCUCAAACUCCAACCGGGACCGGCGCGGAAGCUCCAUCUGGAACUCCGGGGAUUCGUCCAGUUCUGAAUCCAUCAUCUGCCCUGCCUUCAUACAGUGUCUCAUCCUUUGUUUUAGUCUUUGCAUUGGGAAUUCUAGCAAUGAAGUUGUUCUAAAUUGAUGGGAUUUUUUUUUUUUUUUUUUUUUUAUCAAUCUCUAUAUAUUUGCUCAUCAUUUGAGACAUUAUUCUUUUUGGGGGGUUUGGAUUAUAUAUAUUGUAUUGAGUGAUUACUGAGAGUCAUAUUGGUUGAUAUUUAUUGGAAAAUAUUGACAAUAUAUAUAUAUUUUUUGUAAGGAA